UUCAGGUCUACGGAUUUGUUAUCUCUCCCCAAUGUUAAUCCAGACUCAGGGUUCGGUAUGCAGGUUUCUAUCGAUGAAGACCUGAAGGAUAGCCGCGAAGUGAGUUUCCAAGCUGCUCUGCUGUAUACUAGUAGUAAAGGAGAACGUAGGAUUAGGGUUCAUACACUCUGUAUUCCAGUCUGCUCUUCUCUGCAGGAGAUAAUACAGGGAGCUGAUCAGCAAUGCAUAAUUGGUCUACUGGCCAAGAUGGCGGUGGAUAGAUCGUUAAAUUCAAGUUUAGUUGAUGCUAAGGAAGCGUUUAUUAACGCCUGUAUAGAUUCAAUAUCAAGAUGGAAAAUGAUUCAGUGUAUCUCACAGCCUGGAGUUCUUCCAAUCAGUCCUAGUCUAGCUCUUCUCCCUCUUUAUGUUCUAGCUCUGCUCAAAUCCCAAGCUUUCUCAGCUAGGUCUGGUAUAAAGCUUGAUGAUAGAACGAGUAGUUUAAUAGAAAUGAAAUGUUUGCCUCUCAUCCCUCUCAUCCAGUCUAUCUAUCCAGAUCUAUACAGGGUUGAUAAUCUCGAGCUGGCCAAUACACAG